AUGGCAGAAGACCAGUCAUGUUUUAUUCCAGGAAUCUCCGCUUCGUUCCAGAGAAGUUUCCUUUAUUACGCCAACUGGUUUUCUCCUCUCACAAUGUUACUUAGCAUUUGGUGUUUUGUAUCCAAUGCAAUAAUCAUCAUUGGUUUGUUGAGGAGGGGCAUCAGGUUUCUUCGUCCAGGAUUGCUGAUGGUGUGUAGCUUGGCCUUCAGUGAUCUUCUGUGGGGGGCGACAGUUGCACCGAUAUACGCUGGUUUCAGGAUCAAGAAUUUAAUGAACAGAAAUGUCUGUGAAGUUAGCUGGCAAAUGUACGAAAUGGUAGAAACGAAUUUGGAAAUACCUCUCACGAUGUGCUUUCUUGGAACUAUUGCAAACCUCGCGAUCAUGAGCAUUGAUCGAUAUCUUGCUGUUCGAACUUGGCAUCGAUAUAAAGUUUUAGUAACGAAACGCCGCGUCGUUGUUGUUUGUUCCCUCGUGUGGUUUACAUCAGCAGCCAUUGGAUGUCUAUACCAGUUUAAAAUUCUUAGCUACACAAUCUUCCAUUUGAUAAUGUCAAGCGUCGUCAUCCUUUCAGCUUUGGUCAUCAUCAUUUUCCAGAUCAUAACCCUUUGUUCUUUCCGUCGUCAUAACAACGCUGUAACUCAGAUGAUGGAGGAUGGAGGUAAUCAGGCAAAUUCUGUCAGCGAUCAAACCGCUGCGGCUGAGCGCGAACUAACGAAAACAACAACAUACGUGGUAGGCAUUUUGGGACUGUUUUUCAUACCUAUGGCUUCUGCUAUAGUAACAGGUAUUAUUGUGCAAAAACAAGUUGCAAGGUUUUUACAACCUUUUAUAAUUCCUCUGUUUACCAUAAAUUCGGGAAUUAAUCCAUUGUUGUAUUACAGGGUAAAUAAGAGAGUCAGAGAAGCAGUAUUCAAUCUUAUUAAAUGCCAAUAA